UGAAGUAUAAAGGGAAUAACAUGGUGUCCCAGUGGCUGUUUAUGUUUACUUAAAGAACGGUUUUGAAAGGGCGUAUUACAAGAUACAACAGACUUUUCUUUACAGCUUGAGUUUUUUUGCACUUUAAGUUUUUUUAUGUUAAGAUUUACAAGGCCAUUGGCAUGUAAAUCUCAUAUUUCACUAAUGUGCCAGUCUUACAAAUGGAAAGGGGGCUUCACUUUGGAAACGUGAGCAUUUCCCUGGUGCUCCUGCUAUUGCUGAAAGCCCUCAUCGGAUUCGGGACCUCGCAAACUCUGGGCUCCACCGUCGGGAGGGAGCCGCUGUCCGCCGCCGCCACCCGGGGUUCAGGUUCGACCUCGGGGGAAGAUGGUGCAGGAGUCAUGGAGCGGGGCUUGGAGAACCUAGGCGCCCCGGUCAUAUACGCAGACGUUACCGUGGAAGACGACGAGAAUGGGUCGGCGGGAGAAACUGACGAAUCGUACGGUGAAAGUAACGGAAACGUCCAACCGAAGAGGUCUCUUGUGAUCAUCAGCACCCUGGAUGGGAGGAUCUCUGCUCUGGAUCCUCACAAUCAGGGCAGGAAGCAGUGGGACCUCGAUGUUGGCUCAGGGUGCCUGGUGUCCUCUAGCCUCAGCAAACCUGAGGUGUUUGGUGAUAAGAUGGUCAUUCCUUCACUGGACGGUGCCUUGUUCCAGUGGAACCGGGACAGGGAGAGUAUGGAGGCAGUGCCUUUCAGUGUGGAGUCCCUGCUGGAGUCGUCCUACCGGAUCGGGGAGGAUACAGUUCUGGUUGGGGGCAAAUCCCUCACUACAUAUGGCCUUGGGGCGUACAGUGGCAAGCUUCGGUACAUCUGCUCUGCAGUGGGCUGCAGUCGCUGGGGGGAUGACGAGACGGAGGCAGAAGACGUGCUCCUGCUGCAGAGGAGUCAAAAGACCGUGCGAGCCAUCAGGCCACGAUCAGGAACAGAGAAGUGGAACUUCAGUGUCGGAAACUUUGAGCUGAAGCUCGUUCCUGAGACACAGUCAGGAAUCAACUUUCUGGAGGGAGAAGUUGUAAAAGGCGAAGGCUGGAGGGAUGGUCAGAGAGUCAUCACAGAGGAACCAAAGGACACUGACAGCUCAGAGAACCGGCAGAACCAGAACACUAACCUGGACCUCAUCAUCAAAGUCUCUGUUCCUGAUUGGAAAGUCAUGGCCUUCAGCAGCGAGCCUGAUGGACAGCUGGUCUGGGAGCGUCAGUUCUGCACCCCAAUUGCUUCGGCUUGGCUUGUGGGUGGAGGUAAAGUCACACCAAUCACGCUGUUUGACGACAACGCCUACAGCAAGUCAGACAAUGAAGAGGAGGAUGUUGACGAUGAAGAUCCAAAGAGGGCCAGAGGAACUGACGAGUCCAGUGUUUACCUUGGGAUGUUCCAGGGACAGCUCUACCUCCAAUCCUCUGUGAGGAUCACUGAAAAGUUCCCCUCCCAAGCUAUCGCAUCAGAAAAGGACAUCAUUCCACUACCCACUGUCAAAUGGAAGCCUUUAAUCCAUUCUCCAUCUCGGACACCAGCGCUGGUUGGCUCUGAUGAAUUUGACAAGUGUUUGAAUAAUGACAAAUUCUCCCAUGAUGAAUACAGCAACGGGGCCUUGUCAAUCCUCCAGUAUCCAUACGACAACGGCUACUACUUCCCAUACAGCAAGCAUUACCGGGAGAAACGUGAAAGUGCCGUAAGCCUGUUAAAUGGAAACGGGGCAGGAGGUGAGAGUCGAAGAAAAAAGGACCCCGUGCUGCUUCUGCCCUGGUGGAAGGAGAUUGUGGGCACAAUCUUCUUUUGCAUCGCUGCCACCACCUACAUCGUCCGCAAGUUCUUCCACCCCCCUGCCCCUGUGACAUAUGUGAGGCAACGGAAGGAGUCUGAAACACAGUGCCAGACAGACUCCAAGUUUGACCUUGAGGUUGUGGAAUCCAAAGAGCCAGUUGCUAUGGAGACCCGUUCCAGCGAAUAUGUGUCCAGGUACCUGACCGACUUUGAGCCAGUGCAGUGCCUCGGCCGCGGGGGGUUCGGUGUUGUGUUUGAAGCCCGCAACAAAGUGGACGACUGCAACUACGCCAUCAAACGAAUUCGUCUGCCCAACAGGGAGUUGGCACGGGAAAAGGUGAUGCGAGAGGUGAAGGCUCUUGCCAAGCUGGAGCACCCAGGGAUUAUCCGCUACUUCAACGCCUGGCAGGAGAGCCCACCUGAAGGCUGGCAGGAGGAGAUGGACCAGAGGUGGCUUAAAGAUGCAAGUACCACUGACUGGCCAAUGAGCUUCCUUGACCACAUGGAGGCACUGUCAGUCAAAGUUCCAGUGUCCAGCUCAGUGUUGCCUGUAGCUGGGCCUGCAGGAGACGCUCUGGAAGUUUCUGUAGACACUCAGGCUCUUCUCUCCAGCAGUACCGGGGGUGCUGCAGGUUUUGGUAUUGACAUCAGAGACCUGUCCUUCCAGCCGAUGCCGGGCCACGACAGCCUGAUGUCUGAGAGGGACAGCCAGGCUGACCCCGACGCCUCGGACACCCCCCACUCCUUCGAGCUGUGCCCACCGCGUGGCCCCAGCGACUGCACUUCUUCUUCCUUUGACAUCGUGUUCGAGGACUCAGGCUGUGACCGAGAUGCUGAUGCAGACACAGAUUCAGCUUCCGGUGCAGCCAACCCAAACUCUACGACAGAGAAGAACAGCUCAUCUUCUUCGCACACCAAACGACUGGAAUCCAUCCAGCCCUCUUCUUCCUCUCCUCCUCGGCCAACCUCACUCGCUCUGUCUCUCCCUACAACUCCACCUACUCAGCGGGUGCAGCCGUCGCCCAAGGUGUACCUGUACAUCCAGAUGCAGCUGUGUAGAAAAGAGAACUUGAAGGACUGGAUGGCUCAGCGCUGCCUUCCUGAACAGAGAGAGCACAACCAGUGUCUGGACAUUUUCCUCCAGAUUGCUGAGGCCGUCGAUUUUCUGCACAGCAAAGGUCUAAUGCACAGGGAUCUCAAGCCCUCCAACAUCUUCUUCACGAUGGAUGACGUGGUAAAGGUCGGAGACUUCGGCCUGGUGACGGCCAUGGAUCAGGAGGAAGACGAGGAUGAGCCCAGCGCCCUGACUCCCGCCCCCCUCCUGACCCGACACACGGGCCAGGUUGGCACUAAGCUCUACAUGAGCCCAGAGCAGCUCUCUGGGAACUCGUAUUCCCACAAAGUGGACAUUUACUCCCUGGGUCUGAUCCUGUUUGAGCUUCUGUAUCCUUUCAGGACACAGAUGGAGAGAGUGAGGACGCUGACAGAGGUGAGAGCGCUGCGUUUCCCAGAGGUGUUCUCCAAAAACAACGUUCAGGAGCUGAGCAUGGUGCGCAGCAUGCUGUCCUGGAGCCCCAGCGAGCGUCCUGAGGCGGUCGAUAUCACAGGGACUCCCCUCUUCCAGGAGCUGGAGCUGCCCUUCCGAAUGGCUGUGAGGCAGCGCUCCCGCACCUACAGCGCCUCGUCUAUGGGCCGCCCUUCACGCCAGACAUCCUCAACCUGACGCAAUACCUUACCCCCAUAUCCCCUUUCCCCCCCAUCUUUGGUCUGCAGUUAAAGAGAAACACCUCAGCCCCACGGCAUCUCUCACUGCCUCAGACAGAAUCACUUUAAGCACCAAGUUGAAGAAAUGUGCAGGGAUUUAUCUCGAAACUCUGCACAGUUACUCUUCUUGGCAAACGCCCAUGCCGUUACAUAUUCACACAUCAUUAUGCUGCCCACGCUCCCAAUUUAAAUCACAAGAAUAUUUUAUAAGCGACAGGCGUUCUGUAAUGUCCAGGACCAGACUUGGCUCAAGUGCUUCUUUCAUAUAAUCAUCAGUCUCUGAGAACCAGAUGGGUAGUGUUUACUGAACAUAAUAACUAAUUAAAUCUGAAGUGUUUACCUGUGAUUUUCUAAAACAACAAACUGCAUUAUCUGGUACCCUGAGAUGCACACUAAGAGCUUUUUUGGCUAUGAUUUGAUCCCAGUCUGGUCUCCGCACGCCUUCAUUCAGCCAGUGUUCACUCACCCACGCUACACCUCAGGUAUCAAAACCAAGAGGACACUCCAAAGGGGCCUUUGAUGCUUGAUCAUCCUAUCUACUAGUGACUAUUUCUGAUCACUGGUACGAGCACUAUCUGGUGUUUUGACACCCAAUAUGCCUGAUUUGGGAGACCAAAAAAAGACCAUCUUUUUUUCCUAUGUGUUUUUUAAUGAGAGAUGGUGAUGUAUUGAGUAGAAAGAGUUUAUGAAUCCAGUUAAUCAGACGUGAUUUGCCUUUAGAAAUGGGCCUUUAGGUCCCCUCUGAAUGAAUGCUGAGCCUCCGUCUUUUUGCAUGUACCUGAUAGGAAAGUGAAGGGAUGAGUGUGAGUUUGAUAUCUUAAAGCCAGUACUUGGAAGCAGUUUUUUCUGUGUGUAAAUCCACACAGUGACUCCGAGGUGCUCAAUCACUCUCAAACACCUCCUCUUUGUACAUAACUGAGGGGAAAAUCUGUUUAUAUCUUUGCUCUUUUAAGUAAAUUUGAUCAAACCUUGUACAUAGUGUAAGGCGCCAUUGCUUGUAAAAGGCUUUUUCAUGAGGCGACUGUAAGAUAGUGUCAUAUACUGUGGGCGAGGGAACAAAGAGGAGACGAUCUCUGCCAUUAACGGAUAGCUGAAUGUUACAGUGUGACCUCCAGAGACAUAAUGAUGGUGGUCACCUCUUCUAGCUGUUUGAAAUCAUUCUCAGUGUUUGUUUUUACACGUUUUGGGUUACCAGGUAGAAGAGGUGUGCCCUGCUUUAAGCACCAGACAACCCACAGGACCAGAGUGCCAUUUGAAAGUCAGCUAAGUGUACUUUUCUGUAACUAAUAACUCACCUCACACCUCUUUGGAAUCGUGCUACUGUGCUCCAACCCCGUCCAGAUGAUGUUUCUAAUAAAGCAACAGUAAUCCUGAGGUCUGCCGCUCUCCCGCGACGCAGGAGAAAUAGCAUUUAGUCAAGAAGACAACACUGUUUUGUCCCCUCGACAGUGGGGACCUGGACCUGAUGUUGGCAUUGUUUUCUGUACAUAGGAAGUGCUAGGAGAGUCCCACGACCUCUUUGUAACUACCCACUCAAACUGCUAAUUGUAACGUGCUUUAAAUGAUUGUACUUUUCUAAGGAUCUUUUCUCUUUUUUGAUAAGCGCAGUUUUUUGAUUAUUCUGCAGGGUUUUUUGAUUACUGUUAAGUCUGAACUGUGUCUGAUAUAGGAAGUCUAACUGAUGUUUGUCCAUCCAUCUGCUCCACCUGCAGAGAAAGAGCCAUUCUUGUUGUAAAAUGUUUCAUUUCUUUCUUUAGAGACUGUGUUUACACCGUGUUAAUCUGGCAAAUUGGAAGGUUUCCUUCCAUAAUGACAUAUCCUGAAGUUUAUUGGAAUUUAAUGCAACAAAAUUGAACAAAAGUUAUUUGCAUAAGUCACUGAAAUGUAAGGAUUAGGGCUGUCCCUGUUAGAGGGAAUCAAGCAAUAUCAAUACUUUUUUGAUACCACAGUGACCAAAAUAGUCAACCUAAAGGCAUCAAUUUCUUGUUUUUGGCAAACUUCGGCACGUUUUUUAAAUUGCACAGCCGACAUUGAGUUCUGCAAGUUUUGAUGGAGCCAUUCCUCUCUGAUGCUUCUGUCUCAUGAUGUAGAUGUUUUCUUUAAAAGUUUUGGUUCUUUAAGAUGCUUCAUUCAUUAAAAAAGCAAAUAUUGAAGGAUUUAACAUGUGAUAUAAAAGAAGCAUUGAUUUAUCAGAAAUUUUGACAACCGUAGUAAAUGUUUUUUUUAUUGCAAAUUCCAGUUAUAGGUUCCUUAAAUGUAAGGAUUAGGGUUGUUAUGAUACAAGAAUAUUAUACAAAUAUACUAGAAGGAAUCAACCAAUGUCGACGCUGUCUUUGAUACCACAAUAGUUAUCCUAAAGGCACAAAAAAUGUAUAGAUUCUCGUUUUUUAUCAUUUUGAAUUGCAUGUAGACUCCUGCUCAUUUUCUGAAUUGCAUGUCUUAAAUAGAGUAAGGUUUCUGCUAUUUUUGAUGAUCCAUGCCUCUCCGAUGCUAUAAAAUAGACGUGACUUUUCGAGUCUUGAUAUUUUUAGAUGCUAACGAUCAGUUAAAUUGCAGAGAUUUCACAAUUUGAAUGUAUUAUCAACAACAGUAGAAGAUGUCAACCAGAUGUUUGACUCAGAAAAUAAGGGCUGAUUUCCUUAGUGGUAUAUCCUCAUACUUUGGGGAAAAAUUCAUGCCACAAAAUAAGAAAAAGUUGUUUUUAGAAUUUAUAAAUCUAGUCACAGGAUGCUGAAAUGUAAGAAUUAAUGUCACAAUACCAGUCUUAAACUCAGUACAGUGGUAGUAAAAUUUUUGAUAAUUGAUCUUGUUGCAAUUUCUUUUCCUAGCAUUGCGUCUGCAAUUUAAUAUGCAAUUAUUUAGAAAUUCCUAAUCUUAAGUAAUUUUCAACCAACACAUUAAUAAGCAAUUACAUAUUAUGACAAACACAAAUUUGUUAGGUUAAACUGGGCCGAAUGAUUUUGAAAGAAAUUUUAAUUGUGAUUAUUUUGAGUCAUUGAAAAUUCAAUAUGAAUUGUUGUCUUGAAGGGAAUGACCAUUUUUGUAGUUCUCAUUCUAAGAAAAACAUCUACAAAGAUGAGGACAUUUCUAUUUUUGUUGAUUAUUUUAAAAAGACGGCCGAAUUAUUGCAUGAUAUGUUGGAAAGUGGAUGCUUUAAGGAAUAACUACAGAUCCCUGGCCACAACAUGAUCAAAAUGAGCAAGCAAGAGAGACUCAAAAUCCCCUUUUUGGUUGCAAAAAGGGAUUUUUAAGCACAUUAAAUCCAACUUUUGCAUGUUGCAGACAGACAGGAAGAAGGUGAAAGAUGCUCUAAAUUGAACAAAUACAUCCACAUUGUGUCGGUACUGGAUCAUUUUGUGCAAUUUAAGCACUGUGCAUGAGUUUGCCUGCAGUUUUUAUUAGGUCAGUUCCUCUGCAAUUCAUCUGUCUUAUGAAACAGAAGCAGCAUCUUACAGUGCUGGUGCUUUUUUGUACCUUUAAUCAAAAUAUAAAGGGUUGAAUCAUAAAAAAACAUGAUGGUAUCAUAAAAAGUAUCAAAGCAUCAAAAAUGUUGACAACCCUUGUAAGAAUUAAGAACCUUUUUGUCCAAUAUUUGAAAAAUGAACAAAAAAUAUAACAAAAAGUCUUGUUUUUGUUUUAAACAGAAGGGAGAUUUGACAUCUUAAAUCUGCAGAAGCUAUUGCCAGCUUUGUAUAAGAUGAAGAUCAUAUGUUUAUUAUUUAAGGUUCCGUUCACUCUAACCAAGAAGAUGUGAUUACGCUGUUGAUUUUUUCAUGCUUUGUAUCGCUGUGUUCCACUCCUGCUCUGGUAGCUCUUCCUGACGAUCGUUCUUUAAAAUCACACCCUCUUCUCGUUCUCCGAUGCCUCAGUCCGGACUUGUAGUCGUUCUCGUGCACAGAUCCCCAUCCUCUGUCCAUGUUGAAUUGUAAAUAUGUUUAUUUGCUUUAUUUAUGUUCUGACGAUGUGAUCAAUCCUUUUUGGGUUGGUGUUAUUAUGAAUGCGCUUCAUGCGACUGGAGCGCGUUGGAAUAUGAUGACUUCUUACAAGUCUAAAUUUAAUAAACCCUUCUAUACCCUU